AGCAUGCUAUAUUUUGAUAAUUCUGAAAAGGAAUGGCGUGAUUUUUGUUAUGAUGAAAUAGAGAAAUCUUUUAAGCAUAAUUCAAGUGAUUAUGACAAGGCAUUGUCAUGCUUGAAGUUGUGCUAUGAUCAUCUCCCUUCACGCCUAAAACAUUGUUUUGCCUAUUGUAGCUUAUUUCCUAAAUAUCACGAGAUCGAUGUGCAAACGAUUAUAAAAUUGUGGAUGGCACAAGGCUUUGUCAUUAAUGAAGAGACAGGGAAAUCUGCAGAGGAUGUUGGCUAUGAAUAUGUUCUGAAUUUACUUAGAAGAUCUUUCUUUCAAGAACCUACAAUAGAUGUGACGGAGCAUGUGGUUAAAUUCAAAAUUCACCAUUUGAUGCACGAUCUUGCAGCUCUUGUAGCAGAGGGACUAUGCUUAUCAUUCAACCCAAAUGCUAAUAAACCAUCUCGUCCAUUCCAUGUGUCAUUUGGUUCUAGUAACUUUUCAGAAAGUGAUGUACUUGGUUUUACUUGGAGUAGAAUGCGAUCCGUUUUGUUGCAGAAUCACUCACGAGGGAAGUCCGGAGUGAGACGGGAUAACAACACAAACACAUUGUUUGAUAAAAUUAUUAAAAUGUAUGAUUAUAAUUUACGGGCGCUAGAUAUGUGUGGUUUUGGAAUUAAGAUAGUUCCAAAUUCAAUUGGCGACUUAGACUUAUUGAAGUAUCUUGAUCUCUCCGAGAAUGAGGAUAUCAUCCGAUUGCCCAAUUCCAUCACCAAACUUGUAAAUUUGCAAACCUUGAGGCUCUCCUCAUGUUUCAAUCUUAAACAAUUGCCAAGAGACAUUCGAAAAUUGGUCAGCCUUCGACAUCUUGAGAUUGAUGGUUGCCACAGUCUGACUAGUCUGCCUCAAGGAAUUGGUCAGCUAACCAAUCUUCAGACGUUAUCACUCAUUGUUCUAGGCAAGGACUCCUCUAAGAAUGAAGCCCAACUGAGUAAAUUGAAGAAUCUGAGUAACUUGAGUGGCAAGUUUCAAAUUAAAAUUUUGAUCCAUGAAAAUUUUGAGCCAGGAUAUUUGAAUGCAGUGCCGAGUGGAAUUCGAACAUUGUCGCUAGAAUGGGAUGGUGAUGACAAGGGUCUCUUGUUAUUUGAUAUGAGCACUCUUGUGAGUCGUCGCAACCUGGUGAAACUUUCAUUGAAGAGAUGUGCGCAUUGCAGCUAUCUACCACCGUUGGAUGAAUUAGUUUGUCUCAAAGUAUUGACAAUAGAUGAGAUGAUCAAGCUGGAACACAUUUCAAACGAUGAGAUGUACCUUCCCUCCUUGCAAGAACUCUCACUCAUGGAGCUACCUGUGUUAAAGGGAUGGUGGAAGAAUAAUGGAGACAAGAACUACUCUCUCAAUCAUUGUCCUUCAUUUCCUUGUCUUUCAAAAUUGGUUAUUGAAGAUUGUCCAAAGUUGGAUUCCAUGCCCAUCUUCCCGACUCUAGAAAAAGGCCUUGUUCUGGACACAACUGGCUGGAAGCCAUUCCAACUCACCAUGUCUCAGUCGUCCACUCUAUCUCCUCCUCUCUCCAAGUUGAAGAAUAUGUGCAUUGUUGGCAUUAAAGAGCUUGAUGACUCCGAAGCUGGUCGGAUUAACUGGGCUGCAUUCCAAAGUUUACGAUUUCUCAGAUUAGACUAUCUUCCACUCAAGACUCUUCCCUCGGGUCUUCGAGAUAUAAUCACUCUUGAGGAACUUCAUAUCUGGCGCUGUGAUAUGAACAACAUCAACUGCAUCGAUUCUCUUGAGUUUCUUAAGAAGCUUGAGAUUAAAGUAUGCCCCAAUUUGGAGUCAUUACCUCAAGGGAUUCGUGGCCUUAAGUAUUUGACAACAUUGGAGAUUGAAGAUUGUCCCACCUUAAUAAGAAGAUGCGAGAAGAAAAUUGGUGCUGAUUGGGAAAAGAUUGAACACAUUCCAAAAAUCCGAUUGGGUCGGAUUGAUGGGAAGUGAUUCUUCUCUUCCUAAUUCUCUUAUUUAUUAGGUACUACUCUUGCUUUCUAAAUAAUAUAUAUGGUUUAUAGAGAACCGAAAGUCUUUAUUUUGUUUCUGUAGAAAUAACUUUAUUGUGUGUUUUUAUUGCAUAUAGGAAGACUAGCUAGAGAGACUUUUUUUUUUUUUCCUUUUCCUUAUUGGAUCUUGUGUUUUAUAGCCUUCUUCUUCACUGAUUAUUUUCUCAAAUCAAACAUAAAAGCAGGUAAUAAUUAUAAAUUGGAUUUGUAUUUCAUUUCAUUUUGCUUUGUGGAUUUCAUAUAUAUUAUGUUGUUUCAUUGACUAGUAGGAUAAUUAAUCAAUGCAGCUUAUUAGGAAUGUCAUUGCCACCCUUUGUUUAGAGAUUAAUAAAGCUUGUAAAGCUGUACCUUUUGGAGAUUUGAUUAAAAAAGCAAAGUAAUUUUAGAACACCAAGCUUUGUUAUAAGAUGGAGAUGACUUAAUUACAUGUUUGAAGAGGU